ACCCAGGCAGGCACAUCACGUGUCACGACAAGCGCACCCCCGCAGCACGGCGCCCCCUCCGCCCGGCACGCCAGAGGUUAACGGCCGCGCAGCCGCAGUAGCCGGGCCGCGCGCCCCCCGCCUUGGCUGGGAUUGGCCCGCGGCGGGGGUGCGCCUGGUGCGUCACUCUUGCCCGUCGCGCUCACUGGUUGCGGAGUGGCCCUGGAAUGCCGGGGCGAGAGGCAGAGAUGCAUCCCGUCCUGAAGGCCUUCGUCUGCGGCUCCAUCAGCGGGACCUGCUCCACGCUUCUCUUUCAGCCCCUCGACCUGCUGAAGACCCGCCUGCAGAUCCUGCAGCCCCCCGCGGGCGGGUCCGGCCGUGUUGGGAUGGUAACGCUGCUUUUUAGGGUGGUUCGUACUGAGAGUCUUCUGGGGCUCUGGAAAGGUGUCUCGCCAUCUUUUGCAAGAUGCAUUCCUGGGGUUGGGAUUUACUUCAGCACUUUGUACACAAUGAAGCAAAAUCUUCUAGUGGACCGUUCACCCACAGCCCUGGAGUCUGUCUUUCUGGGUGCCACUGCACGUGCAAUAUCAGGGAUUUGCAUGUUGCCAGUAACUAUAGUGAAGACCCGGUAUGAGAGUGGAAGGUUUGGCUAUAGGAGUGUAUACGGAGCUCUGAAGAAUAUUUAUCAGACAGAAGGGGCUCGUGGCAUGUUCAGUGGGCUCACCGCAACGCUGCUGCGGGAUGCACCAUUCUCUGGGAUUUACCUGAUGUUCUACACACACACCAAAAAACUCACACCUCAGGACCAGCUGGAUCCAGUGCUCAUGCCCUUGAUGAAUUUUGGCUGUGGGAUCUUUGCGGGAAUCUUGGCUUCACUGGCAACACAGCCUGCUGAUGUCAUCAAAACACACAUGCAGCUGUCCCCUGAAAAGUACUGCAGGACGAGCCAGGCCAUUGCCUUCAUCUACAAGGACUUUGGGCUGGUCGGCUUUUUCCGAGGUGGAGUGCCCCGUGCCCUCAGGCGUACUUUGAUGGCAGCAAUGGCAUGGACUGUAUAUGAACAGAUGAUGGAAAAAAUGGGCUUGAAAUCUUGACUGACUUGCACUAAAACUGACCAGGUUCACUCCUUUUCCUGCUUGCUGUGAUCAGCUGGCACUGGGAAGUUCCCAGUUGCACAGAGGAAUAAGCCUUACUCAGUUGGGAGGAAGAAAGUCCUUCUGAGACAGAGGAUUAGGCCUUUUGGCAAGUAGGGGAAGGAAGAGUUGAAUCUUUGCAUCAUUUGAUCAAUGCAUUCCAGAAGGACUGUACUUGCAGACUUCCUUGGGAAAUGGCAGGGUUUCCGCAGCCUGGUGUCUGUGCUGAGAGAAGGCUAUUUUAAAGAUUGCUCUGUGCUCACCACCUUAAUGCAACGAGAAAUUGCUGAACAGAAGUGUUUGAGGAGAAAACAGCAAGGACAAUGCUGAUUGCAGAACCUGCCAGCCUGUUCCUUGCUGGUCUGGCCAGUAAGGCCACUGUGAUCCACCAUCUGCUGUAGAUCCUCCUUCCUCGUAUGCUUUGUUCUCACAGGGGAACACUGCAGACCCAGUCAGGAGACUGGAUUUGUCUCUUGAGGUUUACAAUGCAGGAGUGGGUGGAAGAGAAUGAAGUGCUGAAGGAAAGCUCUGUCAUCAUUUUUGUACUGUGCUUGAUAGCAGAGAAGGUAACUCAAGCCUCCUAGCUGUGUCAUAUGCCACUGUGUAACCGAGUAUCUUAACACUUCAAAUGUGCUUCUACGGCUACAGCAGCAUUUGCACUAGAAUUAAGAAGCAUAAGACGCUUCAAAGCAGAAGUAGAGAGCGUGCUAGUUGCUACCAAAAUUCUACUCAUUCCCUGAAAAACACUUUUCCUGAUGAUGUGAUUACAUCAGGAAUACUCAAUUUUUUUUAUCCAGUUGUACUAGAGCUUUGCUUCCUAUUAUUUGUUUGAUCCCUGAUCUACAUUCUGCGUGAGCUGGUCCUUAGAUGUAGCUUUUAGGAUCACGGCUUCUAGUGCAUAAAUGUAUAAUGGAAGCAGAUACAGAUACUGACACUUCAGAUUUCUCUCAGAAGCCGUUACUGAUUGCAUGUGGAAUAUCUUUAGUUUAGGAGAGAAAAGGCUGUUCUUUUCUGCAAGCUUUCUCCAAAGUUUGAGGUGUCUGAGUGUUUGGUAGGGAACUUUAAUUCUAUUUAUGUUCCACACAAACUCUGGGUGGGUUCUGAGAUGAUUGUUUUCUCUUAGCAGGUUCAUCUAUUCAUGUUUCAGUAUUCCUGAGUUUAAGCUUGGAGAUCAAAUACACUUUUUUUCAUCAACUGUGCCUCUUUCCUCAUUCCUACUCCAGACCUAAUAGCAUGUGCUUUCCAAUCUUGGGUACAGCCUGCUCCCAUCUUCACUUGUACCUCUGUGGGCUGGCUGAAUUGGGACUCUUGCAGCUUUGCUGGUGUUGUCACAAAGCUAGGCAUGGAAGUAUGUGUCCUGUUCUGUAGUGUACCUUGCAGAAAACAUAGCAUUGGUUUUUAUUAAAUAUCUAUUGGUAUUAAAAUUCACUUUAAAAA